AUGGCCUUUUUGCUAAUGGGCUUUGGGCUGAUGGUGGUGGGUGCCGGCGGAAUCCGGCCCUGUAACCUGGCCUUCGGCGCCGACCAGUUCAACCCCAAUACGGAAUCCGGAAAGAGAGGCGUAGACAGCUUCUUCAACUGGUACUUCUUCACUCUUACCUUCGCCGUGAUGGUGUCGCUAACACUGGUAGUUUACGUGCAAUCGGAGGUGAGUUGGGCGAUUGGGCUGGCGAUUCCGACGGGCUUUAUGCUGGUGUCUUGUGUGCUUUUCUUCGCGGGAAGGGGAUAUAUGUGA